AUGAAGUUUGCCAUUGCCAUCCUAGCUGCUGGCGCCGGCGCCGGCGCCGUCCCCAUCGACCGAGCCGCUGAGGCGAGGGGACUCCAUGUCGUCGACAAGCCAUAUGCCGUCGAGAGACCCUAUGUCGUCGAGAAACCAUUUGCCGCCGAGAGACCCGGCAGCGGCGUCAAGUCCCCCGACGGGAGCAAGCCCCCCAGAAAUCACGAGAGCCACGACGUGAUUCCCGGGAGACACAAUUGA